AUGAACGAGGAAAGGGAGGGUCAGCAAGCAAAGCGAGUGGAUGAAAUCGGAGAAGCGAACAGCGAUGAUAGGUCGUCUUGUGAGAGAAUGAAAGGGGAGACGGAGAUGGUGACGAGUAGGGGAGAGAAGGCGGUGGCGGCAGGAGGGAGAGAAGGUCCUACAACGCGGUCACCAGUGCUGCCUACUUCUCUAGUUACAGAUGUUGAUACACAACGUUCUCGCGUAGACAGCUUUGGUCACACCUCAAGUGUAUUUACCACUCCUAUGGGCUGUAUUAUUCAUGUCUUCCUCACUGGUGCCCCUUCGCAAUUGCCAGUCUGCAAUGAGCUCGUAAAGCUGGUCUGA